AAUCGAGUAACUAUGAUGUUUGCAGACGUGGAUGUUGUCUGAUACCGAACAAACAGAGUAUGAAGUGAAAUUCAUUCGGAUAUUAUUUGAGAAACCAAAACCUAUGAAGUUGAAGCUUAAAGAGUGAGUGAGUGAAUUAAUAGAAGAAUCAAAAUCAAAUUCAAAAUCCAUGGCCACUGCAACAGUAGUAGUAAAGUAUGGAAUAAUAGGAGUUGGAAUGAUGGGAAGAGAACAUCUUAUUAAUUUACACCAUCUUUGCAACGAAAAUGUUGCUGUUGUUGCCAUCGCAGACCCUCACCUUCCCUCUCAACAACUCGCCAUCAAUUUAGCACACUCUUUUUCUUGGCCUCUUAAGGUUUUCUCAGGUCACAAGGAGUUGUUGGACAGUGGACUGUGUGAUGUUUUGGUCGUAUCUACUCCUAACAUGACACAUUACAGCAUUCUUAUGGAUAUAAUCAAUCAUUCCAAACCACAUCAUGUAUUGGUAGAAAAGCCACUCUGCACAACCGUCUCUCAUUGCAAAGAGGUUGUUCGCGCUGCUCGAAAGAGACCAGAUAUACUGGUGCAGGUUGGACUGGAAUAUAGAUACAUGCCUCCUGUUGCAAAACUGAUAGAAAUAGUGAACGGAGGAAGCCUCGGACAUGUUAGGAUGGUAUCAAUUCGGGAGCAUCGGUUUCCUUUCUUGGUUAAGGUGAACAAUUGGAAUCGGUUCAACGUUAACUCAGGGGGAACUCUGGUAGAGAAGUGUUGUCACUUUUUUGAUCUCAUGAGGCUCUUUGUUGGUGCAAAUCCUGUUCGUGUGAUGGCUUCUGGAGCUAUUGAUGUUAAUCACAAGGAUGAAAUAUAUGAUGGAAAGGUGCCAGAUAUUAUUGACAAUGCAUAUGUUAUAGUUGAAUUUGACAACGGUUCUCGAGGUAUGCUUGACCUUUGUAUGUUUGCUGAAGGGAGUAAAAAUGAGCAAGAAAUAUCUGUUGUUGGUGAUAUUGGAAAGGGUGAGGCUUUCGUUCCUGAGAGUGUUGUGAGGUUGGGAACGCGUGAGGCAGGACGAGAUGGUGUCCAGAGUGUGAAAGCUGAAGAUCCCCGGAUAAAAUAUGAUGGGUUACACCAUGGGUCUAGCUAUCUGGAACAUCUUAACUUCUUGGGUGCUAUUAGAGGUAAAGGUGAAAAGGUUCCUGCUGUAGAUCUUCAAGAUGGAUUAAUAUCUGUUGCUAUUGGAGUUGCAGCACAACUUUCCAUAGAAAAUGGACGAUUUGUUACUAUUCAGGAAGUUAUGGAUGGCCUUCAAGUUUGAGAGCGGUUGAACAAUUUCUGUUAUCUUGUUUAAUAUAAGCCAUACAUAGGGAUCACAUGAAUAAGUGCUGAAUAAAUUUUAUCAAGUAUUCUAUUUUUUCACAACUUUCAUAGUUUAUCACAUGAUCACAUCUACUAUA